AUGAAGUUGAGUCAGUUAUUCAAAUGCGAUACGCUUGGCCUUCCUCCCCAAGAGCACCCUAGUUCUCCCCCCUUUAUCUAUCACUUUAUUUCCCGCCUCCUCUUUCUAUCUGAUUUAAUCUUUCUUGUGUGGACUAUCUAUCUUUCUCUUCUUACCAUCUCUCUCUCUCUCUCUCUCUCUCUCUCUCUCUUCUCUCCCCUCUUCUCGCAAUGUAAUUUUCUUUUUUUUUUUGUUGCAUUUUUUCUCUCUCGUUCUCUUUCUUUCUCUAACCCCUUCUUUACUUUCUCCUUUUUGGCCUUCUCUUUCUAUCCAGCUCUCUAUAUGUCUCUAUCACUUUCUCUCUCUCGCUCGAUGUUUCUAUCCAUCUCGCUAUCUCUCUCCAUCUCCUUCCCUCUCUUUCUUUCUCACUCUCUUUCUUUCUCUCUCGUUAUCUCUCGCUGUCCAUCUCUCUAUCUCUCUUUCUCUCUCUCUCUAUCUCAUCCUCAAUUUUCUCAUCAUUUUCCACCUCUCUCUCUCUCUCUCUCUCUCUCUCUCUCUUUAUCUCUCAUAUCUUUAUUGCCAAUCUGUGCGGAACACUGUGGUUACAUCUAUCUAUCUAUCUAUCUAUCUAUCUAUCUAUCUAUCUGUUUCUAUCUAACUAUUUCUAUUCAUAUUUAUCUAUGUUUAUAUCUAUCUAUGACACUCUCUGAUCCGUUAUCCUCUCUCCUUUUUCUUCCCUCUUUCUUUCUUCACAUCUUUCUCUGUCUCUUUCAUGUCUUGAUUUGUCUCUCUUCUUAUCCUCUUCAUAUUGCUCUCCCUCAUCCCUCUCUCCCUCUCAGCCUCUCUCUCUCCCUCUCACUCUCUCUCACUCUCCUGCCUCUCAUCUUUUUGCACUUGCUUCUCUUUUCCCAUUCUCUCUCCAUCCAUUUUACUAAGACCUUAUUUAUUGUUCUGUUCUUCUCUAUUCCUUUUUUUUUACCAAGUAAAAAUUUCUCUCCCCGCUUUAACGCACGUACACAUUCUCUCUCUCUCUCUCUCUCUUCAUUUUUAUCUGUCUCUCUCUCUCUCUCUCUUUCUCUCUCUUCCUUAAAUUUCUGUCUUCCUUCCUUCUUUACCGUCUCUCUCUCCUCCACAAAACUCUCUCUUCUUUCUUCACUCUUUCCACUUUUCUCUCUCCUUCGCCUUAACUAUAUUUCUCUCUUUCCUCCUCCUUUACUUUCUCACUCUGUCUCUUUUUCUUUCUCUCUCUCUGUCUCUCUCUCUCUCUCUCAUUCUACUUUGCCCUUUCCAAUCCCUCCUAUCAUACCAGGUUUCCUUGCCCAUACCUGUGCAGCCAACACGCGCCGUUUAUACCCCAGUUGUCCGAUUUGA